GACUAUCCCCACUCUACCCCCACCGCCGCUGCAGCGACCGUGCUAACGUUCUCGGCUGGCAUCACUGCUCGGCUGGCAUCACUGUCCCAGAACUCCCAGAAGUCCCAGACCUGUGUGCACCUGUGUGUAAGAUCGUGCUGAGACCGAUUGCCCUUGUGAUCGAGUAAAUAAGAACAAUUGGUGAUUGACGGGCUGGGGGGGAAGGGGAUCGAGGAGAAGCACGAGGGCAACAGCGAUGUGGUGAACGCCGGUGACGACAGGCGAUGGCUGGGCGAGUGUCCAGCGAGGAGCGCGAGACGAGCUCGCCGAGAAAUGCCGAUAACCUAUCGCGCCAGAUCACGUCGACGUCCACAUCCGAGUCAAGUAACGACGUGGCCAAGGAGAGACAGGCGAUAGAGGAAAGACUGCCGGCCAAGAUGUUCUCCUACGAAAUUAUUUGUUUUUUCUUUGCAAUUACAUUCACCGCUUUGGCUGCUCUGCACAGCUCACCACCCAAGCUCUCGAGGCCUCCCGUAGCGAAACCUUUCUUCGAUCAGAAUUCUAUGAUACUGGAUUUCUACAAGGGUCAUCUGGAUGCGAUGAUCGAGAGGAUAACGCAAGCGGAUUUUAGCUUCGUCAUGUAUUAUGCACCCUGGGAUGCAGAAAGCCAGGCGCUUCGGCACGAAUUUGAAAGCGUUGCCCGGUUUUAUCAUCCGCAGAUAUUCUUCGCAGCCAUUAAUUGUUGGCACCCCGAUUCAGAGUGCAGAGCGCAGUAUAAUAAAAUCCACGGUUAUCCAGUGUUGAUGCUGUAUCCGUCCAGAGAUUCUGGCAUUAAUUACAGAGGGAUUCGUACAGCACCGUACAUGAUUCGUUUCCUUGAUGCACUUAUGAAUCCCAUUAUUAGAAUAACACAUAAGGAACAACUGAUGGAAUUGUUAAUUGCCUACGAUGCAGUAGUUGUUGGAUACUUCAAUUUUACACGAUUGGAUAGAACUCCUGGAUACAGGGAGUUUUAUAAGGCCGCGAUACGAUCAUUGGAAAGAGAUCCUAAUAGAGAAUUGGUAUUUGCUAUAGUGACUAGCGCAUCAGCUAGCAAAUUACAUUACGGAGUUUACAAGUUUCCGUCGGCAAGUUUGCUCAUGUGGAAUGAAUCUUUAAGUUAUCCGGAAAGCAGUGAGUGGACCUCCGAGAAUAUCCUGAAUUGGAUCAGCAGUUCUGUUCAUCAACCGUCUCUCUGGCUGCAGCCACCUGGAAUCAAAGCGCUUACUCUCGCACCCUAUCUCCGCGAGGGGCCAGUUUUAUUUCUCUUUACACCACGAAAUCCGUUGCACACGGAAAAUUAUAUUUACAAUUUGAUCAGAGAGAUUGGCUUACAGUAUUAUAACUGUGCAGAUAGUAUGUUGGCAAAGGAUAUAGUCGCACGUCUGGAAGCAAAACGACGUACAGCGGUGAUCCGACACUUUUCUAGGGAUCAAGAAUGCGCCGAUCUAAAGGAAAACAAAACCUAUACUGAGCAAAUCAAGGAAUCAGUUGCUAGCAUAUCAAUUCAGCAGUGGAUCAACAAUAGUUGCUGCGCCAAUGUAGCAAUGAAUAAAUGUCUUUUGUGCAAGACGAAGGUGAUGAAUCCACUGGAGAAGGAAAUGUGUACAGUUAUUUCUAAAAAAUUUAAUGAUGUCUGCAAAGAUACCGAUGUAUUUACAACUCCUGUUACGAUUAGGCAACGUGAGAAACAGAUAUAUAAUUAUAACAAGAAUUAUGUGUCAAUAAAAUUACAGGAAGAGUCAAAAUUAAAGAGGCUGCGAGCAAGUAUAGAAUAUAAAUCGUCAUUAUUGAAGGAAGAAAACGAUUUGCGAUCUGCGAGCAUGGUGAGGAGAGAUUUUUUAAAAGAGAAUUGCAAAAAGUGGAUAGCUGGGAAUGAUUAUCAUCCAUCAUUAUUUCCGCGAGAAUCUCCAAUGCAGUUUAACAUCAGCUUGAAGGAAUCAGUCUGUAAAACCAACAAGACAUUAGCAUUGAUAGCUAUCGACAGUUUGCACUACUUCCAUUUUGCAGAACAUCUGGGGAUUAAUAUCUCGAAACGGAAAAAUAGAACCACUGUCGUCAUCUUGGAUGCAGCGUUGGAGAGUCAGUACGUUAUGCAUCAUGAGUUCAGCGAGUAUGCUCUCAUCGAUUUCAUAAACAAUUAUACGCAAGGUUUGUUACAACGAACGUUACGUUCGGAUAAUUCAAAGCAUCAUAGAGCACAAAAGUUGCUUGAUGAAGACGACAGUAAUAUCGCAGAUUUGCGUCCAAAGGUUCGUGUGCCGGAAUUGACAACAAAAACAUUUCUGGAUACUAUCUUGGAUCCAUCUAAGGAUGUUGUUAUCAUGUAUCAUUCCCCUUAUUGCGGAUUUUGUAGCGCAAUAUCGUAUGUAUACUUGACAAUAGCAUAUUACUUAUCCAACAUGAAUCAUCUGAUUUUUGUAAGAGUUGAUGGAGACAACAACGACUUGCCCUGGGAGUACAGUAUGAAUCGUUUUCCAUCUAUUUUAUUCUUUCCUGCAAAAAGAAAAGAGGACAGUACUGUGUUUCCAUUUUCUGUUCCUAUUACCAUUCCAAACUUGCUGAACUUUGUACUGGCGAACUUGGAUGGCGAUUCCCACGUCGAAGCUUUGACUAAUAUUUGUCAGGUGGGAACUGGCGAAGCGCCGGAUAAGUGUAUUGCUAGGACCCGAAGGCUGUGCUUAGAUAUUAUCGAGCAACUUCUGCAGGAUUACAGAAAGUUAAGGCGGCAUCUAAGCUUCCUAAAUAAGAAAGUCGCGCGCAAUAAACGUAAAAUUAUUUUACUCAAAUUAGAGCAUAUCAAGGACAUACAUUUUAUUCUAGGUUCUACUGUUGAUCUUAGUAAGGAUCGAAAGAAAGCGCGACUGAUUAAGGGGAAGUUUUUUAAGUACUACAACGUUAUUAGAUCGUUAGAAACGGAUGAGAAAAUAGCAAAGCAAAGUUAUGAAUCUCGAGACGCUGUACACGCGUCGACUAUUAAACGAGAAGGGAUAAGAAGCGAAUUGUGAUAUAGAUUUCGCCUUACGAAUCAAGAUACGUCCACAUGACGAUAGAUAGUAUUUUGGAAUAUACUUUCGGCUAAUAUAAAUUUAUGCCAAAUUGGUUACGCGUGAGGGAAAGAGUGUUUUGCUCGACUAUCACUUUUUAUAAAUACAACAGAAACAAAAAGCGAAUUAAUGUAAAAAUCCAGGACUGAUUACACGAUACAGUUCUUUUAACUUUCCGCGAUAGCCGUAAGUGAGUGAACGACGUUGAUAAACACAAAAUGGAAUGCGAGAUAGAGUAUCAACGGAGUAUAAAAGCACGGUAUCUAUUUAAGAUUCUAGAGCAUGUACUCUUCAGGUAUAGAUGCACAAGGAUCUUGAAUAACAUUUUUAGACACGCAAUUUAUAUUCUUGGAUGUACAAAAUUCUUAUAAUUCGUAUAUAUAUAUCUGAUUUAUCAUUCAUUCAAUUGCCCAGUUAGCAAAAUGUUAGCAGAUUCAUCAGAAACCCACAAAACCAUAGCCAUCUGUGUCCACAUUUGGCUUUCGUUUUGGCAACAGAGCCUGUAAAACACACACUGUCAAAGAUUAUCGGCAGAGACCGAACAGAUCCAGUUAUGUGAGCAGAUUUUGUUGUAUUUCUGCUGACGUGCUGGCAACAUAUCGAAUAUAUCAACAGAGCCGGUUCUAAGCGGGGGGUCGGAUGCAAACAAAAAACGAAUUUGGCUACUUAAUUAGCGCGGGAAAGCAGGACCGAUCAAACUGCGAAGCCGAUUAAACUGCGAGGCCGUGUGCGACGCACCGGUUGCACGCGAACCCCGGCCCUGUAUAUCAGUUCGUGUAUGCAAUCUGCAAUCUUUCUGCCUUCAAAAUUUGUAGUGGGCAUUUGACGAAGUCUGUUCCGACAGAUUUUGCUAUCUGGGUACACUAGUCCUAAGAAGUAUCGUCAUUUGUGUUUAGAUUAUUCUUUACAUAGUUUGAUCGAUUAAUUGUGCUAAAAUCGUCAAAGGAAAUGUUUUUUUACAAACUGUGUUGAUUUAAUAUCUUGCCUCAAAUUCCGA